UCAUUCCUACAGGCUCUCUUCUCAGACAGAGCUCAAAGACCUAGCUAGCAGACACUUAGUGUGCGCAUCGGGGAGAGAGAGCGGGCUAAAUGGGUGUAAUUAUACCUCUCUAGUUGAUCCGGAAGGUUGUUUUUGCCACCUAGCUCGUCAUGUGAUUGCCCCUGGCUUCAUAUGCUUCGUUUUUUUUUGUAAACUUGAUUUCCAGCCCAGCAGUAGCCUACAUACCAUCGCAGAGAAGCCAAGUAGGACUUGUAAUCUAAUACCAGUGGCGCGUUUUUUAGUAGGUUAGGGCUGUUGCGUUCCAAAAAGGUGGUGGACCCGACACAAGCCUCGUGUGGAGACUGUCACUUUAACUCUAGGUCUAACGAAACAGCCGAACGCAAGUAGACCUGACACCUUUGUUUUUUUAUUCGGAGACGUCCCGAGAAGGAGUGUCUCACUCCCAAACCAGUCUGUUCCCGUAGUGAUCUUUUCAAUCCCGCUACAAAGAAGAGGAUUUCAAGGAAUAUAAUAUAUGCGCAGAUUAAAAGGUCUCAAAGGCUGACUUGACAAUGGGAUCUACAAACCACUGAAGUGGCUCUGACAAAAGAACAGGGGAAGCAGGAGGAAAGUAGAGGAGAAAAGAAAAGGAGAAAAACACUAAACAAAAGGAAAGGGGACUCUCAGAGAGAGAGAGAGAGAGAGAGAGAGAGCCCUUAUUGAAAAGAAAAGCGGAGGUCGGCUCGGGGAGGAUCAGCUUUGUCCAUCGGUGUGGGGUUGGGGGUGCAUGCUUGUCCUCUCCAGUGGGCUUCCUCCUUUGUGAGAGAGAGAGAGAGAGAGUUAACAAAAGACAAAGAAUGUGCAAUAAACAGAGAGGAGAAUGUCGACCAGCGGAGGAGGCUGGAGCGGGGAUGCCUGGUCUGGGGAGGAGAACCAGUGUGGUACUACUACUGGCUCUCCUGGUAGCCAUGGUCCAGGGACAGGUGGAGGUAAUGGGGGACAUGCUGCAGGAUGGACCCGGGAAGCUGGAGGCCUCCAUGCACUCCUCCAUACUGUCAGACUUCCAGGAGGUGGAGGCCUUGGAGCCGGUGGUGGCUACAGUCUAUCAGGCUGAAGUAGGAGCAGCAGGGGGGGAGUCAGGAAUCCCCGACUCGUCUGCUGUGGUGGGCCGGGUGUUUCAGAUGAAGGUCCCGUUGAAGACGGACCACACCAGCAACACUAAGAUAACUGAGUCAGGCAAGGAGACGCUACCAGCAUGGCUACACUGGAAGAGCAACAUCCUACAGGGUCUACCACUGGAGGAGGACAAGGGUGUCCACUACAUCGCCGUCUCCACAUCAAACGGCAGUCAGGACAUCUUCUCCAUCGAGGUGCACCCAGAGGAACAUGUGGACCCGAUCCAGCUAGCCAUUCAGUCAGCAUCCAACAACGAGGUCAAGCCGUUUGUCUGCGGCACAGAGGAACCGGUGACUGUACUCACGGUGAUUCUGGACGCCGACCUCACCAAGAUGAGCUCCAGGCAGAGGGUCGAGCUGCUGGGCAAGAUGAAGAAGUUCUCUGGCGUGGAGCUGCAGCACAUGAAGAUACUUCCCGUGGUCAACAACAGAUUGUUCGAUAUGUCCGCCUUCAUGGCCGGACCGGGAAAUGCCAAAAAGGUGGUGGAGAACGGAGCCCUGUUAUCCUGGAAGCUGGGCUGUUCCCUGGACCAGAGCAAUGUCCCCAACAUCAGCAGCGUCCAGGCGCCAGCGAAAGAAGGCACUAUGUCUGCUCAACUGGGAUACCCUGUGGUCGGUUGGCACAUCGCCAACAAGAAGCCUCAUAUCCCCAAACGGGUGAGGCGCCAGCUCAACAAUACCCCUACCCCGGUUCUUGUUGUGCUUCCCCCAACGUCUGUCGUCGAGCCCCCUGUUCGCAUUGUACCCACCCUGUCGUCACCUGCUAUUGCUGCCCCCACAGACAGCUCUGCCCCACCCAUGAGAGGACCUGUGCCCUUGCCCAUGAAGCCCACGAUCCGUGUCAGAGACUCAUAUGCCCACACUCCCACUCAGGGUGCACCCCUGCCAACCAGAGUGAUGGAGUCCACUAGUACCAUCUCCAUUGAACCCACUAUGACCAGGCAUACCGUUGUGGAAGCUACACCGACACUCCCUCCACCCACCACAGUUGCCACCAGAAAGCCAACCAAGAAACCAAAGAGACCGAAGACCACCCCGAUGCCAAGGGAGUCCAAGACCACCACAGCCAAACCAGCCAGGCGCACCACCCCUUCGUCCAUCGUGCCUGACCCGAGAAACGAGAAACCAGAUCUCCGCAACCCCAUCGAUCAGGUCAAUGCCUUCGUGGGCACAUACUUUGAAGUGAAGAUCCCAUCCGAUACGUUCUUUGACAAGGAGGACGGUACAACAGACAAACUAAGGUUGACCUUGAGGAUGAACCACAACGAAGUUGUCGGUGAUGACUCCUGGAUACAGUUUAAUAGCACAAGCCAGCUGCUAUACGGUCUUCCAGACUCAAAUCACGUUGGGAAGCAUGAGUACUUCAUGCAGGCCACCGAUAAGGGUGGUCUGAACGCGAUCGACGCCUUCGAGGUCCGUGUGAACCGCUGGGCAUCCAACGAUAAGUCCCCGGUCCUGUUCCAGGCCCGCUUACACGGAGAACCUCGCCUGGUGACCAAUGACAUCCACAAGAAGAUUCUGCUCAUCAAGAAGCUGGCGUACUCGUUCGGUGACCGCAACAGCAGCACGGUCACCCUGAGGAACAUCACCAAGGGAUCCAUCGUGGUGGAGUGGACCAACAACAGCCUCCAGCAGAACCCUUGUCCCAAGGAGCAGAUUCAGACCAUGUCCAGGAGGAUCUCUGAUGCCCAGGGAAGGCCCUCCCAGACCUUCAUCUCCGCCAUGGAACCAGACUUCAUACCCAUCAGCAUCAAGGUCAAAGGAACGGGUGCCUGCCGGAACUACAUGUUUGUCCCGCCUGGUGAAAUCACUAUCCCUAUCCCCCCAGCUGUCACGCCGGCACUGGGCACCGGACGCCAGAGCACAGAUGACGUCUACCUCCACACGGUGAUUCCGGCCGUGGUGGUGGCGGCCAUCUUGCUGAUCGCUGGCAUCAUCGCCAUGAUCUGCUACCGCAAGAAGCGCAAGGGCAAGCUGACCAUCGAGGAUCAGGCUACCUUCAUCAAGAAGGGGGUGCCCAUAAUCUUCGCAGACGAGCUUGACGAUUCCAAGCCGCCCCCGUCCUCCUCCAUGCCGCUCAUCCUGCAGGAGGAGAAACCCCCUCUUCCCCCACCGGAGUACCCUAACAUGGCCAGUCCAGAGACCACCCCACUGAACCAGGACCUUCUGGGUGAGUACACGGCUCUGAGGGACGAGGACCCCAACGCGCCCCCCUACCAGCCCCCGCCCCCCUUCACCGCACCCAUGGAAGGUAAAGGAUCUCGUCCAAAGAACAUGACCCCUUACAGAUCCCCACCACCUUACGUGCCACCCUAAGGGUUUAGCAGGCUCCUCCAGAGAAGGAGGAGGGAAGCAGGGGGACUUGUAACGGUCUCAAUCCAGUGUCUGUUUGGAAAUAAGGGGUGGGAGGAGGAGUGGGAGGAGGAGGACAAAGUGGGAACAAACUUUGGAUUUUGGGUUGGGAGGGUUAUGGGGUGAUCUGAUUGAAGUUGAAGUUAUUGGAAAGAUGGGAGGGAGGGAGAACUAGAUGUUAGCCGCGGCGACAGUAGCCACAAAAAGGACACUAUUCAGUCUGUCAUCUCAUUGGCUACAGCAGAAUGGCUAGUUUGGGAAGACACUCCCCUCUGGUCCCAGCGCUUUUUUUUUCUCUGUUUGAAACUUAAUGGGCUUUUGUUUUAAUUUAGUUAUUUGGUUCUGUUUAGUUUAUUUUUGGGGGGGGGGCUGACUUUAAACGACAUGCUUAACAACACUCUUUUUAUGUUAUUUUAUCUUGAAUAAUACAAGAAGAUAAUAAACAAACACACUGCAGGCAUAAAAUGUUUAUAAUAGAGAGAGAGAGAGAGAGAGAGAGAGAGAGAGAGAGAGUUCUAUGAAUAAAAACAAGAAACAUCAUAAUCAUGUGGAUCUGCACCAGCCCUGCAGCUAGCCCUGAAGCUAGCCUGCAGCUAACCCUGCAGCUAGCCCUGCAGCUAACCCUACAGCUAGCCCUGCAGCUAGCCCUGCAGCUAGCCCUGCAGCUAACCCUACAGCUAGCCAGACAGACAACACAGUGGCUUGUCGGGCGGUGGGUCAGUGUUUCGAGUCAAUAAGGUUUGCCUUUUAACACUAAUUGUAUAUUUGUAUCCUUAUUCACACAAUGUCUAGCCAUGAUGAUCAUAACAAAGUUGGCCUAAAAAAUCAUUAGAAAUGUAAAACGUUCUGUUUGUUUUAUUAAUUUUAUUUUUAAAUCCAUUUUAAAUCCACUCUAUAUCUGGAUGGUUCUGAUAGAUAGAUAGAUAGAUAGAUAGAUAGAUAGAUAGAUAGAUAGAUAGAUAGAUACAGGAUCUCUCCCUCGAUCAGAAAGAAACGGUAAACCAAGUAGGUAGACCCAGCCCAGUCAGGACUAAACAAGCAAACAUUACCGUUAGCUAAUGUUAGCACGUAGGGCAACCAUGACAACUGUGAUUCUACAACAGCCUGGCCCAGUUAUUAUCAGAUGUGUAGUUUUGACUUGAAGCUCAAGGAUUUUUACCUUGCCUGGGUAUCUCGAAGCCACCCAAAAUCAUUCAGGAGGGAAAUACAAUAUCCCCUUUUUAUUAUUAUUAUUAUUUCAAAUGGCUCCCUUAUCCGAAUAUGAUCAUAACAUUGACCAUUUGAAUGCCAUGUUGCCUUUAUGGUGAUGCGAUGUGUCUUCUGUAUAUAGCUAUCGAUCGGCCUGUUGAAAUAAUAUUAAGUGUAUUUAUACUUCAAAAAAUGUUUGUGUAAAUCAGAUAUGGAAAAAGCCUCCUGCAGUUUAUUUUAGACAAGGAGUAAUUAUUUUUUUAUGUAGUGAUGAUUGUUCUCACAGUUUAUGCGGGAAACAGUUCAUUGCUGUUGAGAGUGAUUUAGAAGGUCCUGAAAGGGAUACAAUCUUUAUUCACAACUCAAAGGUCAUUGUAAGACGAAGAGAGGUGAUGGAGAGGAGAGGAGAGGAGAGGAGAGGAGAGGAGAGGAGAGGAGAGGAGAGGAGAGGAGAGGAGAGGAGAGGAGAGGAGAGGAGAGGAGAGGAGAGGAGAGGAGAGGAGAGGAGAGGAGAGGAGAGGAGAGGAGAGGAGAGGAGAGGAGAGGAGAGAUCUGAAGAACAAGAUCACCAGAAAACACUGAACAAAAUGGUGGAUAAAAUCUCUAUCUAAUUUUUUUACAAAGUUUUUGAUACAGCCUCAAAUUGUAAAAAAAAAAUAGAGAAAUAAAUAAAUAGUGUAUUGCAAUUCGUUCAAUCUUAGCGUAGAUAAUUGAUUCUUCAAUAUGUACCUUUUCUCAUGGGUCACCUAUUUCAAGUGAUUUUUUUCGUUGUUGACAUAUUAUCAAAUGUAUUAUCAUGUUUUUCCCCAAGGAGUUUUGACUUUGAAAGUGACCCUUUGCAAUAAUGUAAGGUAAUGUCCGGUGGAGGUGAGUGGUCAAUGCAGGUUAGAUGAGUGUACUACCAAAAUGAGUGGUGAUGAGAAAACCCACAUAAUGAUGAUGUACACGCAUAAUGAUGAUGAUGAUGAUGUACACACAUAAUAAUGAUGUACACGCAUAAUGAUGAUGAUGAUGUACACGCAUAAUGAUGAUGAUGUACCCACAUAAUGAUGAUGAUGUACCCGCAUAAUGAUGAUGAUGUACACGCAUAAUGAUGAUGAUGAUGUACACACAUAAUGAUGAUGUACACGCAUAAUGUUGAUGAUGUACACACAUAAUGAUGAUGAUGAUGUACACACAUAAUGAUGAUGUACACGCAUAAUGAUGAUGUACACGCAUAAUUUUGAUGAUGUACACGCAUAAUGAUGAUGAUGUACCCGCAUAAUGAUGAUGAUGUACACGCAUAAUGAUGAUGAUGUUCCUCCCCCCCAAAAAGAGGAUGAUGAUGUAUCCAUAUGUAGUUCGUUUUUUGCAAGAUACCAAGUGUUGCUUUUUUAGUGUGCAUAUAUCAUGAAAGCCAGUCUCCGUCUAUCUACAGUAUGUCCAGACAAUUCGUCCUUCUUCACACGUUUGAAAUUAUAAUCCUCUGUACAAUUAUCGGAGGGGGAUCAUGAUGUGUUACACUGGCACACUGCUGCUGCCAUACCUUAUAAUAUAUAGCUUUAUUUUUAGUGAUGAGCUUCGGUUAUAAUCGGUUUUCUAAUGCUUUCACUUACCCCUUGAUGAGUCUACAUGUCAAUGUCAACAGAGGUUUCCGUAAAAAUGUGUAUCCAUCAUAGAGUUAGUUAGAGGACUCAUCUUUGUAUCUGUCCAAUUACGGCAUCUAUGAUAGCACAAUUUUCAUGCAAAAAAAUUGGUUAUAUCCAUGAUGAGUUCUCUAACCAUCUCUAUGGGGUCCAUCUGUCAGGUCUGACUGUCAGCCCUUUGAGACAAUGACUCCUGUCACUACAGCUGGAUAAUAGUCGACUAAACUGGUUUUAUUAAUCUGACUAGAUAAACAUUUAAUCUGGAAGCAUGUUGUAAAUCUCCUUUCCAUCACACUCACCAUGAUAUACAGACACAGUAUCUUAUUGGGUUAAUAUGUAAAUAACUUCCUGAUACCUCCUCUGCGUCUCCACACAUCAUCUAGUCAUUUCUGAUUUUAGAAGGAAAACUGGUAGGUUUAUAUUGGUAGGUCCCAAUUAGAGUUGGUAGUUACUAAAAGACAGAAAGGCGUAGUUUCUGAUGACAGUUACAGACACUGAUGCAGAUUUUUGAUUGAGAUUCAUAGAUAUGUAGACACUACAAGGACAUUUUCUUUCAGGCCUUUGUUUGUUUGUUUGUAUAUAUAUAUAUAUAUAUAUAUAUAUAUAUAUAUAUAUAUAUAUGUAUAUGUAUAUGUGUGUGUGUGUGUGUGUGGCGUAGUCCUUCAGCAUUAAGGUCACUAGACUAGCAAAGAAUCAGGUUUAGUUAUACUGAGUGAAAUCUUAUCCGUAACACAAAUAAGCGUACAUCUCCAUUUGAUUCCACAAUUAAGAGGAUAUGAUGGCCUGAUUUAUGUGAAAGCUUAACGGAGAAAACAACCAAAGAUGUAAAAAAAGGUGAAAUUUAGCAGUCAUUCACUACAACUUGUUCAAAUGCCUUGUUGACAGAAUAUCUUUAAACUGUCGGUUACAUUUCAGUAUUUCAGAUACAUUUCAGAUGUUAGCAACAGUAUUGCAAAGGAUAUGGAUUCAACAAAGACACAUUGUUCUUUUAGAUUAGAACCCGAUAGCUGUCCUGAGGGACACGUUUUGUUUAAGCCGAGCGAGGAGUACACUCCAACCAAUUAGGUUCGAUAACGAUUACAGAUUAGCUGCCUUUCGGUUUAGGUACGGUUCUUGGACCAUAGAAAGGAAUGAUCAUAUCAUAAUGUCAUCUGUAUUAUACUAUUGUUCUGUUGAUCUUUCAUCGGCUUCCAUUUUGGAUUCUACUUUUGUCAGCUUCCAUUUCUGCCAAUUGGAAAUUGAGGGAUUGGCGUGUCAAAUCAAAUCAGCCUUAAAUGCAUUUCUUAUUCAUACACAGCACUGACUGAAAGCUUCCUAUGCUCUGAGGGGCAGAUUGUACUAUAUUUUGUUGUUCGCUAAAGAGGAAUAUGUAGUCUUGAUUUAGUUUUUACAUUCAUGAGUAAAUGAGUCCUUACAACUGGAAUGGUAAUGGUAAUAAUAAUUAGUAAUAGUAUUGAUGAUGAUUAUAAUAAUAUGUUUAUUGGUUUCAGGGGGAACUUCUCUACUGUGUUUUGUCCUUCAUUUUCAUAUGUCAUUUUGUUAAUGAAAUACUUGUUUUCCCACCACCUUCCUAAUACCAAUAAGGGAUGUCUCUGGUUCGCUAAACAAAAUGGUUGCCAAACUACAGCGCAGUGAAAAGCAAUGGGUUUGACUUAAAACAAGUUGGCAUAUAAUCAGACACACAUUCAAUUAACAUGCUUCAAAACAAGAGGGAAGAUGGACUGAUAAGUAAUAAAUAAAUACACAGAGAUGAAAUGCAAAGAGAGUCAGAAAACCUGACCAUUGUCCUUGACCGCAGGGAACUCACAACCUAGAAAAGAGGGUCGUUCUUACGUAUGAAUAUUUGAGUAAA